AUGUUGCCCGAGCUGCCGGUUGUGGCAUCAACGCCGGUGGCGAAUGUGCUUGCUUCGGUUUUUGCUGAUGUGUACGCCUCAGAGCCGGCCGAGAUGGUCACCCGCUGGCAUCUGGAUGGGGUGAGGGCGUCGGCGGCUAUCGCCGGCUCCCCUGCGGCCGUUGCCGACGCCAAGGAAGACUCAGACUUGCUGCCAUCGACCAAACCGUCGCCUGCACCGUCGCCGACACCACCGUCUGAGAGCAAGGCUAGCUCGCGGGGCGGGUCGUCCAAGACGGCGCGUCGGCGUCCGUCGCGCGGCACUCGUGGUGCGGCAGCCGAUCGGCGCGGCGCCCGGUCGACGACGCCGCCACCGGCGGCUGUCCCUGCCCGCCGGUCGGGCGGUGGCUCUUCCAACAGGCGCAAGGUUGAAGCCGAGGCGGCGGCAUCCGCCGCCGCCCGCGCCGCGGAAGACGCCUCUGCACUCGCGCUGCCCAUCACCGACAAGUACGCACUGGAGCUCAAGUCGGUGCUCGAGACCAAGGCCGCCAAACUGGCGGCGGUGGCCCAGGCGGCAGCCCACAUGGAGGAUGCACUGGCCAAGGCCGAAGAGGAGGACGCUGCCGCGGCUCGUGAGCUCGCCGAGCAGUACACCCCGCUUGUCGAGGCCUCGCUGACACCGACCCCGCCGUCGCGAUUGGCGUACAUGCCGCACAUGGUCCAGCCACUGGCUCCGCUGCUUGUUGACGCCGACGCUGCGCUCGAGCCGCGGAAGCCCGCGGUUGUGCCGAAGCGGGUGCCGGCGGCCACCACAUACUCUGGGCAGGGUAGCGAGGUGCCACGGGAGGCUGUGGCCAAGACCAAGGUGACCGCCAUGGGUCCGCACGAGAUCGAGCGCGAGAAAAAGGUCCUGCGCCGCAUGCAAGAGCGCACUACCUUCCUCCGUAACCCGCGGUUUAAGAACUCGACGAACCGAUGGCUGGCGCAGAAUGCCGACUCGAGGGUCGAAGUCAUCCCACCAGCGGUUAUCUUUUCCGACUAUGCUGCCCACAAGACGUCGGUAGCUACGCUCAAGAUCCGCAACGUGACCAACGUCACCGCCUCGCUCCGCAUGCUCCCGCCGUCAUCUCCGCACUUUACCGUCUCGUCUGGCUCGUGGCCGUCAGCCUCGGGCUCUGUAGCACCGGGCAUGAUGUGUACGUUUGAGGUGGGAUUCCGACCGUCGUCACUUCGUGACUACGACGACGUGCUCACUGUUGUGACCGACAAGGGGGACCAAGUGGUUCCGGUCCUUGACCUCCCGCACUGCAUUGAUGUUGGCCACACGCUUGUUGGCUCGAUUUCCACCACGCGGGUUCGCGUCACCAACUCGGGCGGUCCUGCUGCUUUUCGAUUCGUCCAUCUCGAUGACGUGGUCAAGGACGACAGUGGGUUCAUCGAUCCUGGCCUGUUUGCCAAAGGCGGCGACAGUGUCGACGACCAUGCCGUCCCUCCGUUUGUGGUCUCGCCGGUGGUAUUUGAGCUCGCAACAGGCGAGUCGUGCGAGCUGGACAUUACGUUCUUCCCCAGCGAGCAUACGGCGUACUCGGCUGAGCUCCUGCUGGCAUGUGACAACUUAUGCGUCUACACGUACGAACUGACCGGCUCGGGUGCGCUGCCUGCGCUCGAGCUGGACAAGAUCCAGGGCGAAGAGGUGCACGUGAGUGUACCGGCGGCAUCGGACGUUGCAGCUGGCGCACCAGCCCCGCUGGGGCUGGCCUACUUUUGCUUUGACGACCAGUGUCCGGGCGCUUCGUCGACAGCCACGCUCACUUUUGCCAAUCAUGCGCCAGUUCCACUAUCGUUUCGAUUUGAGCUCUACCGUCGCGAGCGCACGGUGUGCGACAUGUCGCACUUGGCAGGCAUUCAGCCGCGCGAGGGUGCUGGGGCGAAGAGCGACGGGUUCAGCCACCAGCUAGUGCCGAUUGAGCUCGGCGAGGUCUUUGACGUCUCGCCGCGGUCCGGCAUGGUGGAUGCCUCUGUCGAGGCCUUUGAUGUGGUGGCGACGUUUACGCCGUCAGCGGUUGCUAGCUACGAUGCGGUCCUCGCGCUCGUUCUUGAGAGCGCCAUGCCAGAGGCGCUUCCGGGCUCUUACGGCGAUCAGCCGUCCGGCGGCAUGCUCGACGUCACGCCGCUCCAUCUCAGGCUCUCGGGUACUGCAGUUCCGGUUGUUGUCGAGGUUGCGCCUGCGCUCGUUGACUUUCCCGGCGAGCUUGCACUUGGCUCCAAGUACGUGAAGCAGCUGCAGCUGGUCAACCACUCGCCGUCAGCGGUCGCCUUUAGCGUGCAAGGGCUCGAGCGCGGAUUUGUGCGCGUGGGAGAAGAUGUCGAGGCUGAGCCGCCCAGUGUGGCCGACGACGAUCCGCCAAUGUCGUCAGACGACGAUGUGUGGCAGGCGGCGGUAAGUAGUGAGCCCCGUAGCAGUGAGGCUCGCCGUGCGCGGCUCAAGGUGACUCCGACUGCGGGCACCAUCGCGCCGCACGAGUCGGUAGUUCUCGACGUGGUGGCGCGCUCGCGGACGCCGGGCGACUACCUAGCCUCGCUCGUAUGCGAGGUCAAGGGCACAGCGCCGGUCCCUGUCACGGUUCGGGCCACCUUUGCGCCUCUGCAGCUCAAGCUUUCCAAGCCCGCGCUCGACUUUGGCUUUGUGGAGCUCGGUAAGGCCGUCACGACUUCGUUUGCGGUCUACAAUCCAGCAGCAUGCUCGGCCCGGUUUUCGACCCGCGUCGUCGCCGCCCGGGAGCUGUCACCGAGUGCGGUAGCGUCAGGGCUCACCGGGCUCAACAGCGAGGACUUUGAGUUUGUGCCUGCCAUCGGGGCGGUCAAUCCAGAGCGGGAGACCACAGUCUCAGUCACCUUUGUCCCGCACACACUCGGCACCUUUUCGGGCGUGGCGGUUGUCGAGGUGAGCGCUGGGCUGUGCGUUCAUCUCGCCAUUUCGGCCGAGGUGCAGCAACCGAUGCUCUUCACCCGAAGUCCAGUGCUCGAUCUCGGCGAGGUAUUUGUGGGUGUGGCGCAGGGCACGAGCGCAGUGCUGGUUAACCCGACACUGCUCCCUGUGUCGUUCUCGGUCGAGGUUCUUACGCCUGGAGGCGCUUGCGUAAGCGUCGAGCCUGCACAAGGGGAGCUCGCGCCGCAGUCUGAGAUUGUGCUUGAUGUCAACGCGGUGUUCCAGGUCUUGGGCAGCGUCGACGACGUGCUCAUUGCUAUCGAUGUCGAGGGCAUGGACGUGCCUGUCGGCCUGGUGCUGGAUGCCAACGUUGUGGGCCCGAGCAUUGAGCUGCAGGUGCUGGGCUCAGAUGUACCGGACCGGGAGAGCGCACCGCGGGUGACACUUGGACACAACACCGCUGAACUUGCCGAGAUUCCAGUUCUCGAGUUUGGGUCGGCCUGUGGUGUGCUCGAGUCGUCUGCGGCGUCGCUGGUGCUGACAAACAAGACAGCGAUCGAGUCACCGUUCCAUAUUUCGCUGGAGAACCUCCAGGUAGUGCCGCGGAUCCUGGCUGGACAGCCUGCGUCCGAGGCAGGGAGUGACGCACCGGUGCGAGCGCGAGUUGUCUGUGCCUCACCGGCACCGGGCGAUCCGGCACUCUCGCUGGAUCUCGAGCGCGUGGCGUCGUCGAGUGCGACCGAGUCGAGCGUGGUAUUGGCGCACGGGCGUGGGUCGCGGGCGGGCGCCCGGUACCUGGCAGACGACUACCAAGAGACGCACCGGCUGAUGUCGCUCGAUGGGCAGGACAUGCUGCACACCAAGCGGCGGACAAGCGCACUGCUUGCUGAACGGCAAACAUUUCUGGCAGACGGAGCCGGGGUCGCUUUUGCCAUCCACCCGGCCGAGGGCGUGCUGCGGCCGUUUGAGUCGCUUACGGUUGUUGUUGUUGCCUACAACGAGAUGCCCGGCGAGUACACCGAUGCGCUGGUGGUGGAGGUCGACGGGGUGGCGCCGGCGUUUGUGCCGCUCCACUACGGAGUGGUGGGCGAAGUGGUGACGCUCGAGGCCAACACGCUCGGCCUCUCGCGGGCUACCGAGACCACUUCGGCGUCCGUCCUGUUUGGUGGAGCGCUUGUGGGCGGCUCGCCGAUCCGGCGGUCGGUCAAGUACGCCAACGCGUCUCCGUUUGACAUCGAGGUUGCGUGGCACGUCUACAACCGCAAGGUGAACAAGACACUUGUUGACGUCGAGCUGAACGUCGAGCCAGAGUCUGAGCGGAUUCAGGUGAGUGUGAGCGAGCACCUCGAGGAGGCUGACGGCCCGUUCGCCAUCGAGCCUGCAGUGGAGGUCAUCCCGGGUCACGGGACAGCAACGUUUUCAGUGGCGUUUGCGUCGGAGCGCGAGGCGCUCUGCCGCUCGUUCAUGAUCGGUUCGACGCGGCUGGUCGAUCCGAGCAAGCUCCCACUCGGCGCUUGCGUCCAGGAGGACUCUGUGCAGAAGGAGCUGCGACUGGAGCUUGUGGGCCGCGGUAUGGAGCCUGUGCUGAUACCGGACGCGUCGCGACUCGAGUUUCACCUUCCGUACGCCGGCGAGACGCGGCCGAAGCCACCGCAGCGGCGAGUGGUGCUCUCCAACACGCUUGCGGCAGCAGUCGGAUUCUCCCUCGACACCGACGGUCCGUUUGAGGUGCAAAGAGUCGAGCCGUCGGUUCCCCACGCGAGCUCGGCGGAUGGCCGAUGCUGGACGCUGCCUGCGGGAACGAAUGCGGCAGUGUACGUGGCGUUUGAUCCGUUUGAUGAGGUUGGGUAUGCUGCGGUCGACGGCGGAGCAACGUCAAUGGCGCUACACGGCGUGCUCAAUAUCCGGUUUGCUACCGGCCAGGUGCAGCACCAUCCCCUGGUCGGCUCGGUCGAGUAUCCGCGUCUGGAAGCGAGCGCAACGGAGAUCGACAUGGGCAAGCUUUUUUUGGGCACCCGAAACACAACGAGCAUCAAGCUGAGCAACCCGUCGCAAGCCGACGCUGAGUGGGAAGUGGUAGUUGACGAGUGCGACUCGGGCUUGCAGCUCGAGUUUGAGCCUGCGCACGGCGUGGUGCCCGGGCGGAUCGGGGUGGAGCGUGCAGCAGAGCGUGUGCUUGUUGUCCACACAACAGCCCAUGAAGUCGGUGCGCUUUGUGCAAGGGCGAAGAUCAAGCUGGCGACUGGCGGGCCGGAGGUCUCGAUCCGUAGCGAAGGCACGCGUGACGAGUGGCUCGACCGGCCGCGGGAGAUGGCCAAGUACGGAUAGCGGGUGCAGCAAGUUGUUUAGCGAGCAAGCAAUGAACCUACCUUUAUUCA